AUGGGCCAAGCGUUUAGUUUUGCGAAUAUAUUUGGUAAACUAUGGGGUAUACAAAAGGAAAUAAGAAUACUUAUACUAGGAUUAGAUGGUGCAGGUAAAACAACAAUAUUAUAUAGAUUACAAAUGGGAGAAGUAGUAACUACAAAGCCAACAAUAGGAUUUAACGUGGAGACAUUAAAGUAUAAAAAUAUCACAUUGAACAUAUGGGAUUUAGGUGGUCAAACUUCCAUAAGACCUUAUUGGAGAUGUUAUUAUAGUAAUACGUCAGCAGUAAUAUUCGUUGUUGAUUCAACAGAUAAAGAUAGAAUAGAUACUGCUUGUAAAGAAUUACAUACUAUGUUAAAAGAAGAAGAAUUACAAGAUUCAGCGUUAUUAGUUUUUGCAAAUAAACAAGAUCAAAAUGGGGCAAUGUCAGCAGCAGAAGUUUCACAAGCUUUGAAUCUAACCGAUUUGAAAGAUAGAAGUUGGAGCAUUGUUGCUUCUAGUGCAAUAAAGGGGGAAGGAUUGAAUGAAGGGUUGGAUUGGCUAAUGGAUGUAAUUAAGGAUGAACAAAUGUAA